AUGUGGGUUUCCCACCCCGAUUUUCUCAGUACUGUCAGUCAAUGUUGGUCCACCACAGUUGUUGGCUCUCCACUCUACAUCUUUUUUAUAAAAUUAAAGCUCCUCAGGGCUCAUCUCCGCUCUUGGAACAGAAAUACUUUUGGAAUUAUUCAUCAGAAUGUUUGCAAUGCGGAGGACAGGGUUAGCAGUGCAGAAAUUACUUGUAAUCAAGAUCCAAAUGAGGCUAAUAGAGGAAUCUUGGCUGAAGCCAAAAAGAACCUUCAUAAGGUUCUACUGCAGGAGGAAAUAUUUUGGCGACAAAAAUCGAGGGUGAAAUGGCUGAAAGAGGGAGACCGAAACACAAAAUUCUUCCACAACUUGGUAAAAGCAAGGAGAUGCAAGAAAGGUGUGGAGUGCAUUAAGGACAACCUUGCCUCGUGGGUCAUAGGAGAAGCAAGGGUAGCGGAGGAAGUCAUUAGAUACUUUUCAGCCAUUUUCUCCUCCCAGGGUUCCCAGGGUGAUGAUGAACUGCUAGGCAUCAUUCCCCAUGUGAUCUCAAAGGAGGACAACAACUGCCUGGUGGUAACCCCAUCUUUAGAAGAGGUGAAGAGUGCUAUUUUUUAUCUUGCUAUUGACAGUGCCCCGGGUCCAGAUGGUUUUUUUGGGCAUUUCUUUACUGCCUGUUGGGAUAUCGUAGGGGUGGAUGUGUGGGAAGCAGUUAAGGAUUUUUUCUCAGGCGGGUACCUACCUAGAAGUUUCACUUCGACGCAUCUGGUCCUCAUUCCCAAGAAGGACAACCCAGAGGUAAUGGCCGACUUUUGCCUUAUUAGUUUAUGCAACUUUUCCUAUAACAUCAUUGCUAAGACUCUUUCUUCAUGCCUUUCCAUGCUUCUCCCACUCAUCAUCUCGGAGGAGUAA